AUGUUCGCUUCUAUAAACUCUGCUAAAGCUAUUCAAGAAUCGCUAGUGUCCCACGGCGUGGUGUCAAAGGUCCUACCAUCGUUCUCCAGCGAUGGAUCAGGAAGCUUGAUCAUCCAAUACCAAUCCAAACACCCAGUCGCCCUAGGUAACACGCUCUCUAUCAGCAACACGCAAGAAAAACCAGAAUUGAAGCUACUUUCUGCUGACGCAGAUAAUGCGAAAAUCGAUACUUCUGCUCUAUAUACUCUCUGCAUGACAGACCCGGAUGCUCCUUCUAGCUCGGAUAAUAAAUGGUCUGAGUACUGUCAUUAUUUGGAGACCAACUUGAAACUGUCGCCUAGCGCAGAGAGUCCCAUGGCCUUGGAUUUGUCGUCCAGUUCUGGGGACGUUCUCGUGCCAUAUAUGGGUCCUGCACCUCCAAAGGGAACUGGUCCUCAUCGCUACGUGUGGAUUUUAGCUCAACAGUCUCCUGAUAAGGCACCAGGCGAAAUCAAGGAUAGACCAAACUGGGGAUUCGGUAAGCCUGGAGCAGGUUUCCAGCACUACGCUGAACAGUUUAACUUGACUCCAGUUGCGGUCAAUUUCUUCUAUGCAGAAAAUAAAUGA